GUUGGAGUGUCGGGGGUGGUCGCUGGGAUUUGUGGACCAGCGAGCGCGUCCCUCGCGGCGGCGACGGAUUACGUGACGGCGGCAUGCUAUCCCCCGGGAUCUCAGCUCGCCCUGGCCACCUCUCACCCUCAGCCCCACGUCGUUGAUCCCGCGAUGACGCCCACCUCGGCGCCGGUGCCCACACCGACCACGGCGUCGGGACCCAACAACCCGGUAGCCAUGAGCCAGCUGGGAACCGUUUAUGCCACCAAGAGACGACGUCGGAACGGAAAAAGCCUGAAACCACCCCAAAAGGAUGGCGUAACGAAGUCGAACCCCAGCAAGCGACAUCGGGAACGAUUGAACGCCGAACUGGACACGCUGGCAUCGCUGUUACCGUUCGAGCAGAACAUCCUGAGCAAGCUGGAUCGGCUCAGCAUCCUCAGACUCAGCGUGAGCUACCUCCGAACGAAAAGCUACUUUCAAGUGGUGAUGCACAAAGAGAAGGAGGAAAACUCGCACCACGACUCGCACUACAGAGCGAGGGAAUUAGCCGCGUUCGCUGCGUACGACCAUCAUCAUCUAGACGGCGAAAUGUUCCUGCAGGCACUAAACGGGUUCCUGCUCAUACUUACUUGCGACGGGGAGGUGUUCUUCGCCACUCACAGCAUAGAAAGUUACCUUGGCUUCCAUCAGUCCGACAUCGUCCAUCAAAGUGUCUACGAAUUGGUACACAGCGAAGAUCGAGAGGAAUUGCAAAGGCAGUUGAUGUGGAACUCUUUUCUACCAGCGGAAAGUGCGAGCCUCCCCCUUCACGACGCCCUCUCGCCCCAACACAACCAUCUUCUGGAACGCAGUUUCACCGUACGCUUCCGGUGUCUUCUGGACAACACGUCUGGUUUCCUGCGUCUGGACAUCAGAGGACGCGUGAAGAUCCUUCACGGGCAAAACAGGAAAACGGAAGAACCACCGUUAGCUCUGUUUGCCCUGUGUACACCUUUUGGACCACCAUCCCUCCUGGAAGUGCCACAGAAGGACGUGAUGUUCAAGAGCAAACACAAACUGGAUCUAGCGCUAGUGUCGAUGGACCAACGAGGAAAGAUGCUGCUUGGGUACUCGGACGCGGAGCUUGGGAACCUCGGUGGCUACGAUCUAGUCCAUUACGACGAUUUGGCCUACGUGGCGAGUGCUCACCAAGAACUGCUGAAAACUGGAGCCUCGGGCAUGAUAGCGUACAGAUUCCAGAAGAAGGACGGUGGAUGGCAGUGGCUGCAGACCAGUUCCAGAUUGGUCUACAAAAACUCGAAGCCUGACUUCGUCAUUAGCACACACAGACCCCUCAUGGAGGAGGAAGGCAGGGAUCUCCUCGGGAAGCGAACGAUGGACUUCAAAGUAAGCUACCUGGAUGCCGGACUGACCAACAGCUACUUCUCGGACAGCGAUAGUAUCACGGGGUCCGUAAUGACCCCGACGUUGCCAAGCCAGCCAACGUCCCAGCGAGUGAACAGGCGGUACAAGACGCAACUGAGGGACUUCCUGUCGACCUGUCGGAACAAGCGCACCAAGCUUUCCGCACAGUCGUCGGUGUCGCCGCCAGUCACGCCAACGGUAGCGUCCGUGGACUAUCUCGCGGCGGAUACUAGCGCCGCUGCCGCGGUGGCGGCAGCGUACAGCAACUUGAACACGAUGUACCCGACACCGUAUGCACCAACGGCGGUCGCUGCGAGCACGGAUCCCUCGUUGACCACGUACAUUGGUCACACGGGCAACUACCAUCAGACGCUCUACCCGGCCACUGCGUUGGACAAUAGGUACCUCACUGCAGCGACGGAGAACCUGUUCCAGUACAGGCCUCUGGGUUCCUACUACCCAGAUUACCACACGAGUACCCCGUACAACGGAUUCAUAGACGUCUCCCUGCCCACCUACGAGACGCACCAGCUGACGAGCAAAGCCGAGGAGAAACUGUACUGCCAGCAAUUAGGCGAGUCUCCCAAGUACAGCUACGUGGAGACGAGACACCCCAGCAGCGUUAGUGGUUCACCUUACGCGGCAAGUCCGGUUGCAAGCGCGUCGACUAUGCACACGGCAACAGCCGACAUCAACACCGUUCGCGCGGGCAGCAGGCACUCCUUGGAAGGUGGUGCAUCGUCCAGCAAUUCGGCUGGGAGUUCUCCGGUGACCGGACCGACGAACGGAGUGCUCACACCGAAGAUAGAAGAUGUUAAGCCCGAGGUUUACGGAAACGAGGCGCCUCGACAGACAGUCCUGAUGUGGGGGGCGCCACCUUCGCGCACACCUCCGAGGAACAACGGUAGCUACAGCCCGCCAACGCCGCAUUCCACCCAUUCAUCCACCCAUUCCACCAACGCCACGACCGGGGAUCCCCUGAAAUCCUUGGCAGAGAUGAACUCCAUGAACGGGGAGUGCAAAUGGCGGCAGACAUCCCCCGGCGAGCAACAAACGACCGCUCCCAGUUCCCCUAGAACCAAGGCGCAGUCUCAGCAGCAGCAUCAACAUCAUCAACAGCAGCAACAGCAACAGCAGUACCCAGUGACUACGUCACAGUAUCAAGCGGCGGCGGCGGCCGCGGCCGCAGCUGCAGCUGCAGCGGCCAGCACUAUCGGAUACGCGCACUCUCAUCCGGGCCAUGGCCACGGGGAAGCGGGCUCCGAGCACACCCCCGUCAGCUGUGGGAACGGGGACGGGAGUCGGCAUGGGCAUCGGCCAGGACAGCAACACCAACAACAGCAACGUCUUGUACCACCCUCCGCACCACCACCCUCAGCACCAACACGUGGGGUCAUCGGGGGGAAUGGGCUCAACUGUCCCACAGAUUCCAAACCGGACGCCGGGAGUCCUUUGCUGUCCAUCUCUGAGGUGACUAACACCCUGCUCAACCAAUAGUCUCUUCGUGACCUCAGCAUCGCUCCGUUUUAGUGAUCAAGAUAUCUCACAGGAGAUGGUUUCACCGGGCCGGAUCGCAAGACGCGCGACUGUACCAUACAGAUAAUAUUGGUUAAACUGUUAAGAGUAUUCUCGUAUAGUGCUGUAACAUAACAUACUCAUUACAGUUAAUGUAUCCGACGUUGCUACGACGUAUGUGUAUGUAUGCCUGAUUACGUUAGCUCAUCCGUAUCGUUAAGUUCCACACAAAAGUUCUCCGGGGGACGUGCAUUUCGAAGUUUCAAAAGUGAACACGCGUGAAAGGCGAUCAUCACGGUGCAUCCUACGA